UCACCUACAGCUACUUUGGUGUAUAGAAACCAGCAGGGUUUAAGGAAUUUGAGGAACAUUAACACUUUAAAUAAUAGUGAUUCACCAAAACUUUUUAAUUAUCAUUUACCUAAUAAUAAAAAAUUCUACGGUAGUAAUUUGAGAUAUAGUACUACAACUUCAAAGCCACAACCGACACCGCCUAAAAAUUUUAAAGAAAUCGUAAAAAACCGAGGACCGUUCGAAUUAUUAAAUCAAGAUGGAAAAUUAGUUACAGAUAAAGAUUUACUUGGAAAAUUUUUAUUAGUUUAUUUUGGGUUUACUCAUUGUCCCGAUAUUUGUCCUGAAGAGUUAGAUAAAAUGUCUAAAGUCAUUGAUAUCAUAAAUAAUGAAAAAGAAUUUGGUGGUAAUGUUCUAACACCAAUUUUUAUAUCUUGUGAUCCAAACAGAGAUACCGUUGAGGUAGUUCGCGAGUACAUUAGAGAUUUUCAUGAGGACAUGGUAGGAUUAACAGGAUCACACGAACAAAUAUCUAAAGUGGCCAAGUCAUAUAGAGUUUAUUAUAGUCAACCACCACAAUUACAACCAGGUGAUGAGUAUUUAGUCGAUCAUAGUAUAUUUAUUUAUUUAAUGAAUCCAGAUGGAGAAUUCGUUGAUGCUUAUGGUAAAAAUGUUGAUGCUGAGCAAACUGCAUCGAGUAUUGUAAAUCAUGUAAAAGACUUCUUAGAAAGGGGAGGUGUUAUUAAAAAAGAGGAAAUUAAGUGA